UCCUACUUGACCCUCAACGCUUGGAUCCUUUACGUCGCCGCCGCUUCGCCCGGACCCCAAACUUGCCCUUCCGUUUGUUCCUGUAGCAACCAGUUCAGCAAAGUGGUGUGCACCCGUCGAGGCCUGGCCGAGGUACCCCCCGGUAUCCCCUCCAACACUCGCUAUCUCAACCUGAUGGAGAACAACAUCCAGAUGAUCCAGGCGGACACUUUCCGGCACCUGCAUCACUUGGAGGUCCUCCAGUUAGGCAGGAACGCCAUCCGGCAGAUCGAGGUGGGGGCUUUCAACGGUUUGGCCAGCCUCAACACCUUGGAGCUCUUCGAUAACUGGUUGACCGUCAUCCCCAGCGGGGCCUUCGAGUACCUGUCCAAGCUACGGGAGCUGUGGUUGAGGAACAACCCCAUCGAGAGCAUCCCCUCUUACGCCUUCAACCGGGUGCCCUCCCUGAUGCGCCUGGACCUGGGCGAGCUGAAGAAGCUGGAGUACAUCUCCGAGGGGGCUUUCGAGGGUCUGUACAACCUCAAGUAUCUCAACCUGGGCAUGUGUAACAUCAAGGACAUGCCCAACCUGACGCCCUUGGUGGGGUUGGAGGAGCUGGAGAUGUCGGGCAAUAACUUCCCCCGGAUCAAACCGGGCUCUUUCCACGGCUUGAAAUCCCUCAAGAAGUUGUGGAUCAUGAACUCGCAGAUCGACCUGAUCGAGCGUAACGCCUUCGAUGACCUGACGGCAUUGGUGGAGCUCAACCUGGCCCACAACAACCUCUCGUCCCUGCCCCACGACCUCUUCGCCCCGCUGAGGUACCUGGUGGAGCUCCACCUGCACCACAACCCCUGGGCCUGCGACUGCGACAUCCUCUGGUUGUCGUGGUGGCUGCGCGAGUACAUCCCCACCAACUCCACCUGCUCCGGCCGCUGCCAUGCCCCGCUGCACAUGCGGGGCAGGUUUUUGGUGGAGGUGGACCAGACCUCUUUUCAGUGCUCAGCGCCUUUCAUCAUGGACGCCCCCACGGACCUCAAUAUCUCGGAGGGGCGGGUGGCCGAGCUCAAGUGUCGAACUCCUUCCAUGUCGUCCGUCCGGUGGUUGUUGCCGAACGGGACG